AAACCCCAAAGGGUACACACUUGACACUGGAAAAUUCAACUUCCUGUUCAUGCCCAAAAUCCAAAACCUCAGGUCGAAAAUAUUUCUUUCUUCCGUCGUUCAUUGGAAGUGUGUUGUGUCUUUCGCUUUAAUCAAACAAUGUCUGAUACCGAAGGAGAUGUUGUAGCCCAACCCUCUGGGGGUCCAACUGACAUCAACUCAGCCCUGCAAGAGGUGCUCAAAACCGCUCUCAUCCAUGAUGGCAUUUCUCAUGGUCUCCAUGAGGCCACUAAAGUUCUAGACAAGAGACAGGCGUUGUUGUGUGUCCUGGCCGAGAACUGUGAUGAGCCGAUGUACAAGAAGCUGGUGCAAGCACUCUGCAAUGAACACCAGAUCCCACUGAUUCGAGUGGAUAACAACAAGAAACUGGGAGAAUGGGCAGGACUCUGUAAGAUUGAUAACACAGGAAAGGCGAGGAAAGUUGUUGGCUGCUCCUGUGUUGUCAUUAAGGACUACGGUGAGGAAACAGCUGCUCUAGACAUGCUCAGAGACUACAUGAAGACCCAGGGAGUUGUUUCAUAACUGUUUAUGUAAAUUAUAAGUUUUUAAAAACAA